AUGGUACAUAAACCUGACUAUCCCAGGAGGGAUUUGCUGCACCGCUUUCUGACAAUUAAAGGCUGUAUGGUUCUGGAAAAAGUGAUAGUCACAGAGAAGGGAGAGCGUCAGGACUCGGAUGUCGUUGAGGAAAGAAACGCUCAGGUGCAGCUGGAGAAGGCCAAGUACAAGCCUGUGGCAUUUGCUGUACGUUGCAACUUCUCGUACACGCCAGCAGACGACGACAGCGUCCCCGUGCCAGGCCAGGCUGUCACCUUUGAGGCCAGAGACUUCCUUCAUGUCAAAGAGAAAUUUAACAAUGACUGGUGGAUUGGACGGCCGGUGAAGGAGGAUGGUGUGGUGGGCUUUGUCCCCAGUCCAGUCAAUCUGGAAACCAUUCUCAUCAGAAGAGAGGUCCAGGCGAGGAAAGCUGCCAAGGCCUUGGCCAACAAAGCAGCAUCUCAAGCUGCUCAAGAUAUGAACUCAAAGAAAUAUACACCCCCUUCACAAGCCAACCAGCAGGUGAAAAAGAAACCGGGAGAGCAGGUGGCUAUGUAUGAUGUAGUGCCUACAAUGCGUCCUGUGGUUCUAAUGGGACCAUCACUGAAGGGCUUAGAGGUUACAGAUAUGAUGCAAAAAGCUCUAUUUGACUAUUUAAAACACAGAUUUGAAGGCAGAAUCACUAUUACACGGGUCACGGCAGACAUCUCUCUGGCUAAACGAUCCAUUCUCAACAACCCUGGAAAAAAGGCCUUAAUGGACCGGUCGAACACCCGCUCCAAUUUAGCCCAGAUCCAGGGAGAGGUGGAGCGCAUCUUUGAGCUGGCCCGCAGCCUGCAACUGGUGGUGCUAGAUGCAGACACAGUCAACCACCCUCUCCAGGUGUCCAAGACCUCCCUGGCACCAAUCCUUGUUUAUGUGAAGAUCUCCUCACCAAAAGUGUUGACCAGACUGAUCAAGACAAGAGGGAAGUCUCAGACCAAACAUCUUAAUGUUCAGCUGGUGGCAGCAGACAAGCUCGCCCAAUGCCCACCAGAAAUGUUUGACGUCAUUUUAGAUGAGAACCAGCUAACUGACGCCUGUGAGCACAUUGCUGAUUAUCUGGAGUCCUAUUGGAGAGCCACUCAUCCCCCAGAGAUGGAGCCUACCAAUGCACUGGUGGCCCAGCUGGCUGAGAAUACACUGCCCACCAGUCCUUCAGCAAUACCGGAUGAGCAGAAGAGCAAGAAGUCAGCAGCCUCCAAGAGGAAGGUUUCUCGUGAGAACCACUUGGACCAGGAGGCCCCUUCAGCCCCUGCUCAGGAGCAGAGGGCUGAUGAGGGACAAACAGAGGAGGAAGAGCGGCUCUUGAGGACUGAACCAAAGAGACCCCAGCACACUCAUCACCAUCACCAUCACCACCACCGCAGAAUGGAGCACCGUAGCCAACCCCAGCACAGCCAAACAUCUGGUGCUAUGGAUGUACAGUCAAGCAGGGAUUAUUCCCAGAGGCUUCCCCGCAGGCACCUGCCUGAAGAGAGGGAGGAGGAGGUAGAGGAUGUGGUGGAGGAGGAUGAAGAAGAGGUUCGCUAUAACCACCGAGGCCAAAACCAUCAUCAUCAUAACAGCAACCACCACCAUCACCACCACCAACAACAUCAGCGCGGGAACAGCCAGCCACAUGUCAGAGAAGACUAUGAGCAGGAGCACAAUGAGCGCAACCGGCAGCACAGGCAUCACCAGCAUAUUCCACCACGGACACACCACACGGAUCACAAUCCUGUACACAAUCACCACAACUAUCACCACUACCACGGCAGAGAGAGAGAUAGAGAUAGAGACAGAGACAAAGACAAAGACAAAGACAGAGACAGAGACAGAGAUAGAGACAGAGAUAGAGACAGAGACAGAGACAGAGACAGACAUAAGGACAGGGAAAGAGACCGAGAUAGGGAUCAAGGCAGAGAUAGAGACAGAGACAGAGAUGCAAGACAAUGGCACAGGGAUUCCUAUAUACAACAGUGA